AUGCACCCUGGUGCCCACUCCCUUCCGCUGCUUGUGUCUACGAGGACGACCAACAAAACGACUUUACCAUCUCUUCACAUUGUCAACCGGGACUGCCGUGCUUAUCCAGCAGCACUUGGCUUGGGGCCAAUCAAGACUUGCUGCAACCCACACCGAUUGUGUGCUACGUGGGAAACCAAACAACCUUCGCCACAAUGAAGACGUCGUCAAUGUUUGCGCUGCUCCUACCUCUGCUGUACAUCGCCAACGCCCAAGCUGAGAUUCUUGGAGGCGGAGACUCGGUGGACUCGGGCGGCGACUCCAGUGACUCGAGCGACGACAGUUGCGCAGAGAGCGACAAGGACUUACAUUGCCCUUGCGAUAGGGACGACCAAUGCAAGACAGGCCUCAAGUGCUGUGACGAAACAGAUCCCAAAGUGUGCAAGGAUCCGACGGAAACAUCGGGGCCACGAGCCUGCGGGGACCCGCACAUGACCGGCUUCCUUGGCCAGAAGUUCGAUUUUACUGGAGAGGACGGCGGCUACUACGCCCUCAUCAGUGACUUUCCGAACAUGCACAUGAACAUGCGCGUCACGAGCCCGGUCCCCUCGUUGCCGGAGAUCACGUACAUCACCGGGCUGUCUCUUCUGACCACCGACGCCAACGGAGAGGUCCACAGCAUUGUCAUCGAGGUCAAGAACCCGCACGACAUCGAAAGUGCCUGCCCCGCCGGGGUGUCUCCCUGCCUCGCCGACGGAUCCCUGAGGGUUAUGCUCAACGGGAAAGAGGAGCUGUCUGCCCCGGGGUCCGUAGCUCUCGCCGACGGCGUCAUCGUGACGGCGGUCAACCUCCCGGGGGAGUGCCGUUCGUUCGGGUUCGAGCACUACUGGGAGCGCAAGAAGCUCGAGAAUGCCCGUCACGGCCGUCACCUUGGCGAGCAGAGCAUGGGAGACUGGUUGCUCGGGGACCCUACGGCUACCAACAUGGACGAGUGCAUGGAGUACGUUGCGCAAGCCGAGGGGCAGGCCGGUGGCCUCUUCGCCCUCCAGUCUGAGCACGCCUCGUUCCAGAUCGUGACCCCCACGGCCACGGUUCGCCUGAGCCACGGUCGCCUCCACCAGAUUGCGACCCGCGACCCCACUAACCGGUUCGAUCUCCCCGACCACACCACCUGGCAGAUGAACAUGGGUAUCGACCACAACGAGGUGAGCUACUCCGCAACCGGGAUCCUCGGUGAGACCUCCACCCCGACCAAGGACGCCUACGGCCAGGACAUCAUGACCGGCAUGGAAGCCAUCCGCGGGUCCGAGGAAGACUACCGCGUCGCGGGCCCCCUGGAUGUUACCUUCCCCAUGGACACUCUCGAGCUCUAACUUCACGGCGAGGACCCCACCAUGCAGUCAGGGGUGAACGUGGUUCUCCUUCGUUGAAACCAACCCUGUUUGGGCCCACAGCCGUGGAUCAUUAUUCAGUUGGAUUUUCCUCUUGACGCCUUUUAGGUAGAUUAGGUCAAUGAUCAAUGGAUGACGCAGGUUCGCUACAGCACGAGCGUCAACUUUUUUUUGAGUAGAGGGAAUUCGAUCGGAUGGGGCGCUGAAGUGUCUUCUUCCACGCUUUUUGUUGCAAUGGGCAAAGUCACCAAGUCGCUUACUCAUUUGGGGAAGCCGUAGACCGGCAAAACGGUUUGCCAAAUUACUUGCUGUCGGACAAACAAGCGUCGUUGAUGGCGAUCUUUGCCCCCAUCGAUUCAAGUGUUGGUUUUCCUUCUCUCUCGGCAUGACGUUUGUAUAUGAGUUGAAGCGGGAAAUUGCACGACUAGGGACGUGGCCUGAAGAGCACGUCGCCGGAUUUUGGUGGCACUUUACAGGGUCAAGGCGCUAUGAUACGUUGUCGAGUAGGUUUUGCGUAGGUGUUAAUCAAUCGUUGUGUUCAUAGUGCCCAUUGAACCCAUGAGCGUAUUGUUCCCACGCUUCCCGUAAACUUAUGUUUCCUGAAGGGAGUGUUUGGGCUGAUUUGGAAUAGAGUUCGAUGUUUCCAGGCGUUUGUCUCAAUACCAGCGAGAUAAUAGUCCAAGGGUUUCUCGUGGGUUUGAGGCCUGAAGACUGAUUCGAUAGGGGUAGCACAUAAUGACCCAGAAGCUUCUCGUGCUCUGGUGGUUCACACGAGCAUCCAACCCAUAUUGUACUUUUUGCAUCAGUUUUUCCGAUUUGAAUUCCAGUCGUGUUUCAUCUAGCCUGUUGUUGGACAUACUCGUAGCAUCGUGGCUGUAGUCGGAUGAUUGCGGGAGGACCAAAAGUGUCGCUGUGGGGAGAUUCUACUACAGUAAGUCGCAGUGAUCGGAAUUGCGUGACGGACGGAUGUGGUGACUUCACACUCCUCCUCUCGCCGUGGUGAUUUGUCCGGUGCUUUCCACCACGCUCUACAAUACAAGAUUAGGCCAACCCAUCGCGGCCCGCACUAGCGGAGGUGCCUCCACACUCCACACACGCCAAGCUUUGGCCUACCCGGUUUCUUUCCCCAACAUGCUAGCGUCAACGACUUUGU